AUGGCAUCACAGUCUCUACGCCAUCACACCAUCCCCUAUCCCCAGAACCCCGACUUUUAUGGGAGGGAUGACAUACUCCAAGCUAUAGCUUCUGCCUUCGAGAGGCAAGCUACUAGCAUAUCAUCGGUCGCGCUAUGGGGUGCUGCUGGUAUUGGGAAAACGCAAAUCGCGCUCGAGGUUGCCCACAAACACUGGGCAGACGGAGGACGAGCCAUCCUGUGGAUUGCGAGCGAGACCUCUGCCGAGACUACCAAAUCCUUCUACGAUGCGGCGCGGGAGCUACAGUUGGAGGGUUAUUCUAAGAAUGCCCCGGCUACGAACCGAAAGCUGGUGCUCCAGUGGCUCCAAAACACAGAUAUCCCAUGGCUCCUCGUUCUCGACGGUGUUGAGGAUCAAGACCAAUUGGUCGGAAGCUGGCCUACGGUUGGUCGUGGAAGGAUUCUGGUAACUUAUCGGGGCCAACUGCUUGCCGAGUCUGGGCCGGCCGCAACAUUACUCGAGGUCCCUGCUUUUACGAUUACCCAAAGCACCGAGUUAAUACUUCGGAUUCUGGACGAGGAUCCGGCGAUGGCGGACGAGGUGAAGGCAACAAACGAGCUGUCAGCAAAGCUCGGCGGGCUCCCGCUUGCCGUUGACGCCAUAGCCAAACAGAUCAAGACCUCACGCCAGUUUAGGUCAGUUGCCGAGUACCUGCCAUACUUUGAGCAAAAUGAGAGUUCGGCUCUGAAGUCACCGAGGCGUUGGACUAGUAACUUCUGGUACUUAAAGAACCUGGACGGCCUGUGGCAGUCAGACUUUGACAAAUUGGAUGAGAAUGCCUCCAGACUGUUGGGUAUACUCUGUUUCAUGAGUCCCGAAUCCAUUCCGAUGUUUUUAUUUCAGGAUAACGAUCGGUUUCGAUGGCAUCCUUCAGAAAACACAGCAGUAACGGACCUGGGAAUCUUCGAUGCUGCCGACUAUCUUCUCGUCUGCUCACUAGUCCGAAUUAACACCAAGACGGGCUUCAUUGCGGUGCACCGUCUCAUACAGGAAAGCUACUUCUCCCAGAUGACAGCAGAAUCCCAGCGUGAGGCAUUCCAUGGAGCCCUCAUUCUGCUACGAGCCCAUUUUCCGCGGCAACAGGGCUCGAAACACUUGUGGGUAGAUCGGGAUAGCUGUGACACUUUGCACCCGCACGUCAUGGCAUUCAACGAGCGAUACAAGUCUAUGAAAGCUCCUGACAACUUCUCGACUGAAAUGUCACAAUACACCGAACUCAUUCAAGACCACGCAUGGUACAUGGUCGAAAUCCAACACUUCCGCCAAGCGGAGGACUCGCUCUUGUCCCUCCUGGCCACCACUGACAAGAACUCCCUUCCCGCCGCUAGAAUCCACCGCAGUCUCAUUGGUCUAUAUGAGAGGACAGGACGCAGCAACAAGGCGUGCGCCGCUGCUACAAGGGAAUUUGCCAUUCUACGGAAGCAUCUUCCAGACAGGGAUGCAGAUAUGGCCAACGCCCACAGCAAUAUCGGCUACACCUUGGUCUCGGCAUACAAGGCAUCCGAGGCCAUUGCCCAUCUCAACACAGCAGUAGCCAUAGCGAAGUCGCACCCCAAGCCGGUGUGUUACCAAGACUACAAUAUUGAUCGGUUCCUGCGGAAUAGGGGCCGCUGCAAGCAGCAACUCGGCCAGCUUGACGAGGCUCUACAGGACUUUCUCGAGGCCGAGUACUACCAGGCCAAGAUCUACGGGCCUGGCGAUCAUUAUGACGGAGAAACAAAAUACGAGCGCGCCAAGAUCGCCGCACAGCAGGGCGACCUCGAGACCGCCGCAAAACUCGGCCGCAAAGCCCACAAGCUGCUUGCCGCCGGCAAACCGACACACGCGAGCGUCGCCGCGGCGCUGUACCACCGCGCCCGUAUCGCGAUGCUCCACAACAACAACAACAAAACGGCCCUAAAGCACCUCCAAGACGCGGUGGCCAUCUGCCGGCGCAACGAGGCGCACGGCGGCAACCCGGGCGAGGCCGCGCGGGUGCAGUGGCGCAUGUCGCUGGUGUUUGAGCGCAUGGACAUGGCUGAGGAGGCCGGGUUGUUGAGGGCGGAGGCGGAGGAGGCGAGGUGGGAGUUGUUGGCGACGGGGGAUUAUGCUGUUGUUGGGGAUGAUGGGGCGGAUGAGGAGGCGGAGUGGGAUGCGUUGGUUGGGUUGCUUUAUCGGUGA